AUGCAGGCCAGCUACGCCGGUCCCUCGGAGGUGGCUCCCCCUGGUCCAAUGCUAACGCAAGUGCCACAGACUUUCGCAGAGGCGUUAAACAGCUUAGGGAUGCGGGAGGUAGUAACGCCGGCGUCCGGCAAUUGCCUUGUCAUGGCAAUCGUGCAAGGAGCAACUGGGCAAGAUCUCGCAGAGCCGACGUCGAAGCUUGGACAGCUAACGGCGACCCUCAAAACCGGUAUCAAGGAGGUUGGACUUUUAAACAUAGAGGACGGCAUACCGCAUGAUAUCCGGGUGACGAUACUUAAACAUGUUAAACGUGCUUGGACAAGCAUGACGCGGCGGGAAUCCCUUAACCAACUCAAAUGGUUUUUAGAGGACUACGCAUCCAGUCCUUCCGACCGAGCAGCGGUCGUCGCGGACAAUACAUGGGGAGGUAAUGACAUCAUCGGACUAGCGGCAAUGUUCCUCCGUCGGAACAUUUACGUGCUCGAAUUAGAAGAUACGCGCGCCAACCCCUGGAGCUGCCGGCAGUUUGGGCCAGAAGUGCUAUCCAUUAAAGCGAAAAGUAUAGCUUCGUUUACGGAGCAACCCAUGGACAUUUUACAGUGCCUUGAUGCCAUCAGGGCGGACAUCAUCGACUCAGCAGCAACUCCUAUUGUCCUCCGCUUUUGGGGUCGGCAUUACUCGGCUGCCGUUCCUAGCCCGGCAACGAGGGAAGAGUUCGCAACCCAUCACGAUGCCCUCAUGGUGGCCCAACCGUCUCGGCAUGAUGCAGAUGAACCAAUGUAUUCCACUUCCCAGACUGAGGACCUCGCCCCUGUAUGUGGUGGACCACAACAGCUAGCGCUGGUAGAGUUUGAUGCGGCCAACGCAUUGGUUACCACUGAUAGGAACUAUGUCGAUACCUCUCUCGCGCCGACUGACGUCGUGACGCAGCCUCCCAGAAUUUGCGACCAGGCGAGGCACUUGCGUAAGCGUACACAUGUACCCGCUCCGGACGACCGCAUUCAGGACGGUGUGGCCUUGAAAAACAUCCAUACCGGGGUUCUGCUGAAGAAAGGAAAACCGGAGGAGUACGCUCUGGUUCAAUAUCUGGCAGUGCCGAACGACCCUAUGGGCGGCCCCAAUCAGCAUUGGCACGUUGAAUGGAAUCGUGGAAGCGUCCGCUGGCCGACGACGGCAAGCGUCCAGUGUCCAUUGGUAGAGAGCGGAACUGCUAUAUGGGCAGCGGUGGCCGCGGCGGAACCGCUUGUUUUACUCAAUCAAGUCCAAUUAUUUUGGUUCCCCGGUGAGCUUAUCGACUCUCUCGCAGAUUCAGUCAUCGCUCAGUGGACAGAGAUAUGGCGAAGGGAUUGUUUGCAGGACUGCCUAGCCCGUUACCGGACAAAUUGUACGGUAAAAGCGACGCGGGCUUGGCUAGAUCAGUGGAAGCAACAGAUCAUAUUUCUGAAAGGGCGGAAGGUCGCCGGAAAUCUCGGAGAUAACACCGACUAUUGGAAACGCAUCCGGGUCGAGAAAUAUGGGAAUGACGAUCUUUUUCGGCUAUGCGAUCCAAUUCGGCGGGUCAUAUUCAGUCAUCACAUUUUGUGCGCUCAUCUGUAUCAUGUCGAAAUUGGAGAGCUUUUAUCGAUGGUGGAUACGGGGGCUGGCUCCCGAUCAGUCAUGGAGGCCCAUGUCCAGCUCCUGAAACGGGAUGCGCAAUAUAAAUCGUGUUACAAGGGGGGCGGGACAAUGGCUGAUUGGGCCAGUAUUGCGCGCUUUUUUGAAUCCGCCUUCGAGAAGCCAACGGUGAUCGAAGGCAUUGACUACUAA